AUGCUUGAACAGGAGUGUCUCCUUAGAUCACCAUUGUUGCUUUGUUUUUUUAUUAGCUUCUUGUUACAUCCUGUUGUGACAGCUGUGAUACCUUUGGGUUCCAAACUUUCUGUGGUUGACAAUAACUGUUGGGUUUCCUCCAAUGGUGAUUUUGCAUUUGGGUUCUUUAACAUUUCUAAUGAACCAAACCAGUUCAGUGCUGGCAUUCGUUUCAAUUCAAAGUCUAUGCUAUAUAGCCAACAAACAGUAGUGUGGGUUGCUGGAGCUCAUGUCACAGUAGGUAACAGGUCCUAUUUCCAACUCACUCCUGAAGGGGAACUGGUACUGUUUGAUUCCUUGCAAGGAGUCACGCUAUGGACCAGUGCAACAGGCAACAGAGCUGUUGUUUCAGCAGCUCUUCAUGAUGAUGGCAAUCUUGUUCUUAUAGACAGAGAGAAAAACAUCAUUUGGCAAAGUUUUGAUACUCCAUCUGAUACACUUCUCCCGGGACAGAGUUUAUCUGUUUAUCAAAUACUUAGGGCUGCUACUAAGAAUCCUGUGUCCAGUUACUACAGUCUUUACAUGAAUGCUUCUGGUCAUUUGCAGCUUAGGUGGGAGAGUAAUAUUAUAUACUGGACAAGUGAAAGCCCUUCUUCUGCUUCAAAUCUCACUGCAUUUCUUACAACUGAUGGAGCUCUACAACUUAGAGACCUGAGUUUGAAAGCUGUUUGGAGUGUGUUUGGAGAAGACCACAAUGAUUCUGUGAAGUACCGGUUUCUUAGGCUAGAUGCUGAUGGCAAUCUCCGCUUAUAUUCAUGGGUUGAAACAUCACAAUCAUGGAGAUCAGUGUGGCAAGCUGUUGAGAAUCAGUGCAAGGUCUUUGCAACUUGUGGUCAACGUGGUAUGUGUGUCUUCACUGCUUCAGGUUCUGCUGAUUGUGUGUGCCCUUUUGAGGUAACAGAGAAUAAGGAAUGUUUGGUUCCAUAUGAACAUGAGUGUGAAUCUGGCUCCAGUAUGCUAUCAUAUAAGAACACAUAUCUAUAUGGAAUUUACCCUCCUGAUGAUUCAGUUAUCAUGAGUAGUUUGCAGCAAUGUGAACAAUUGUGCUUGAAUGACUCACAGUGUACGGUUGCAACCUUUACAAACAAUGGUAGUCCACAAUGCUCGAUAAAGAAAACAAAGUAUGUUACUGGCUAUGCGGAUCCAUCUCUUAGCUCAGUAUCAUUUGUUAAGAGGUGCUCAGGUCCAUUUGCUGUGAAUCCUAGUCUCACAAAUUCACCCCCACCAAAACUGAUUCCUAGGCUUUGUGUUCCUUGUAUAAUGGGAGCAGCCUCUGGAACAUUUUUCAUCCUUGCGAUCUUCCAGCUCGGAAUAGUUUUCUGCAUCUGUAGAAGAAAAAACUCUACUAUGAGACAAGUCACUUUAGCCUUCACAUGCCCAAAUUCGAAGGGCAUACUUGUGUUAUCCUUUUCAGAAAUCAAGAGCCUCACUGGAGAUCUCAAGGAUCCAAUUGGGCCAAAUAUGUUCAAGGGUGUGCUACCGAACGAUCGCUCGAUUGCAGUUAAAGACCUGAAAGCAUCCAUAGAAGAAAGGAAGUUCCGGAGUGCUGUUCUGAAGAUAGGGAGCAUCCACCACAAGAACCUUGUGAAGCUGGAGGGUUAUUGUUGUGAGUUUAAUCAUAGAUUUUUGGUGUAUGAAUAUGCCAAAAAUGGUUCACUUGAUAAGUAUAUAGAUGAUUGUACUCUUUGCAAGAGGCUAACUUGGAGAAAGAGAGUUGAAAUAUGCUCAAGUGUGGCAAAGGCCAUCUGUUAUUUGCAUUCAGGGUGUAGGGAGUUUGUAAGCCAUGGAAAUUUGAAAUGUGAGAAUGUCAUGUUGGAUGAAAAUUUAGUGGCCAAGGUAUCUGAAUAUGGGUUUGCAAUAGUAAAUGGUGAGGCCACAUAUUGUGGCUUUUCAGCUGAGAAGGAUGUAGGAGAUUUUGGCAAGUUAGUAUUAACCUUGUUGAGUGGCUGUAGAGAUCAAGAACAACUUUGUGAGUGGGCAUAUAAAGAACGGAUGGAAGGGAGUGCAGCUAAUGUGGUUGACAAAAGAAUUGACGGUGGUGUUGAUUCAGAGGAACUAGAGUGUGCAUUAAGAAUUGCAUUCUGGUGCCUUCAAAUGGAUGAACGUAGAAGACCUUCUAUGGAGGAGGUAGUGAGAGUACUAGAUGGUACAUUGAACGUUGAUCCCCCACCACCUCCAUUUGCCUUACAGAUGCCGUUACAGGAAGAUGAUCCACAAGAACAUGGUUCAGAAUCAGUGCUUCAGUAG